AAAGUUUACGCUGUCGUGUAAUAAACAAAUUGGGGAUCCCUUCUUCCCUACUCGCUCCAAAUUUACUUGCUCUGCAACUCAGAAAAUUAGGGUUUCCAAUUCCCCAAUCCCAUCAAAAACCCUAAUAAUCGAUUUGAAACAAACUUCUCUUCAGAUCUCCAUAAUAUCCAAUUGUCAAUUCAUUGAUCUUCUUGUCAAUGAUCAAACCCUAUUCACUCGCUUGGGUUUAUCUUCCAAAGAUCCACUGACGAUUGAAUUGAAGAUCACACACAGAGGAUAUUAUAGUAGUAUAGGGAGUAAUGGAUAUGGAUGGAAGCAAGCGCAUUUUCCAACGGUUGGGUCCUCAUUCACAAGGAGGGGACAACAACAGUAACAAACAGCAAAAAGUUUGUUUCCAUUGGAGGGCAGGAAGGUGCAACAGAUUUCCAUGUCCUUUUUUACACAGAGAAUUACCGGCACCGCCACAUCAGCAGCAACAGCAGCAGCAUAAUGGGAUGCCGUCAUCUUCAUCGAAGCGGCCUCAUGCUUUCUCUUCGGAUUAUGAUAAUCGAGGCAGUGCAGGCGGAGGAGGAAUGCGUAGGAAUCCGAAUUUCAACAAUACAUGGGGGAGAACUGCUGCUGGUGGAGGUGCAGUUGUGAGGAAGAUGGAGAAAGUUUGUAAUUAUUGGGUAAAAGGGAACUGUACAUAUGGUAAUACUUGUAGGUUUUUGCAUUCUUGGACUACUGGCGAUUGCUUUACUUUGUUGACCCAACUCGAAGGCCACCAAAAGGUUGUUGCAGGGAUUGCUUUGCCAUCAGGCUCGGAUAAGCUUUAUUCAGGGAGUACGGACAAGACCGUAAGAGUGUGGGAUUGCCAGUCUGGACAGGAAAAUUGUCUUCGUCUNCUAGCUGGUACGGAGGAUGGGAUAUUAGCAUGGAAAUAUAAUGGGAGCACCAACUGUUUUGAACCAGCUGCACAAUUGAAAGAACACACCCAUCAUGUGGUAUCACUGGUUGUUGGAGCCAACAGACUAUAUUCUGGUUCCAUGGACAAUUCAAUAAGAGUAUGGAACCUUGAAACUAUGCAGUGUCUACAGAUCUUGACAGGUCAUACAAGUGUUGUUAUGUCUGUUCUAUGCUGGGAUCAGUUUCUUUUAUCAUGUUCAUUGGACCAAACAAUAAAGGUCUGGGCUGCUAACGAGAGUGGGAACUUGGAGGCUACGUAUACUCACCAAGAGGAAAAGGGUGUGCUAGCUCUCUGUGGCAUGCAUGAUUCAGAAGCAAAGCCUGUAUUGCUUUGCUCUUGCAAUGACAAAACAAUUCGCGUCUAUGAUUUGCCAUCCUUUUCCGAGAGGGGGAAAAUAUUCUCGAAGGAGGUCGUUCGUCGAAUCGAGAUCGGUCCUGGUGGUUUAUUUUUUACCGGUGAUGAAUCAGGUCAACUUAGAGUCUGGAAGUGGUUAACUGAAUCCAGCAGUACAGCUUGAGAGGAUUGCUGCAUUUACAGUGAUAAUAUCCUUGUUAUUGGUCAGCAGUUGUCUUGUUUUUCUUCUCCCAUUGAGAAAAUGUACCAAGCAAGGGAAUAUAUAAUAAGAUAAAGUAGUACGUACCAGUUUUGAUUUUUCAGAGGUAGGAUUCCGGGUCACGUCCUAUUAGCCUUGCUGUUUUUUGUUGCUUUAACUAUUGAGCUCUUGAUAGAAUCCAGACAUAUUUUUUCUUA